GCCGGGAGGGAGCUGCCGCCGCUGCCUCCCCCCUCUCCUCCCUCUCCUCCUCCUUCCCUCCAGCCCCAGCAAACCUGAGCCACUGCCAACAUUUUCCAGCUGCCUCCAAACUUCCUCAAUCCAGCAGCAUAAAAGGCUCCGUGGCCACGGGCUCCACAUCCCCGGCUCAGGCUGCGCCAUCCUCCCGCCGGCAGCACGACGGGCCCUCCCAGGCUCGCUCUGUGCCCCUGCCCAGCGUUCAGCUGCUCCCCAGGAUGUGGUGGCCCACGGUGCUGGUGCUGCUGGUCCCCGUGGCCCUGGCCCAGCUGCAGCCCCAGCAGGAGCUGGAUGCCCAGUGGGAGCUGUGGAAGAAAACCUACAAGAAGCAGUACAACGGGGAGGCGGAUGAGGUGACGAGGAGGCUGAUCUGGGAGAAGAACCUCAAGUACAUCAACAGGCACAACCUGGAGCAGGCGCUGGGCAUCCACAGCUUCGAGCUGGCCAUGAACCACCUGGGUGACAUGACCAGCCAGGAGGUGGUGAGGACCAUGACGGGGCUGAGGGUGCCUCGUGGCCACCAACGUCACAACGACACUCUCUACGUCCCGGACUGGACCGAGCGGGCCCCGGCGGCCGUGGACUGGAGGAGGAAAGGUUAUGUGACCCCUGUCAAGAACCAGGGCCAGUGUGGCUCCUGCUGGGCUUUCAGCUCAGUGGGGGCACUGGAGGGGCAGCUGAAGCGCAGGACUGGGAAGCUGCUGCCCCUCAGCCCCCAGAACCUGGUGGACUGUGUGUCCAACAACGCCGGCUGCGGCGGCGGCUACAUGACCAACGCCUUCGAGUACGUGCGGCAGAACCGCGGCAUCGACUCCGAGGACUCGUACCCCUACAUCGGCCAGGACGAGAGCUGCAUGUACAACCCCACCGGGAAGGCGGCCAAGUGCCGCGGCUACCGGGAGAUCCCCGAAGGCAACGAGAAGGCUCUGAAGAGAGCGGUGGCCAGGAUCGGGCCCGUCUCCGUGGGCAUCGACGCCAGCCUGCCCUCCUUCCAGUUCUACAGCCGAGGCGUGUACUACGACGAGAGCUGCAACGCCGAGAACAUCAACCACGCGGUGCUGGCCGUGGGCUACGGCACGCAGAAGGGCUCCAAGCACUGGAUCAUCAAGAACAGCUGGGGCGAGGAGUGGGGCAACAAGGGCUACGUCCUGCUGGCACGGAACAGGAACAACGCCUGUGGCAUCGCCAACCUCGCCAGCUUCCCUCGGAUGUGAGCGCUGCCCGAGCCCCUGCCCACUGCCCUCCCCUCCCCACUGCCCUCCCCUCCCCACUGCCCUCCCUCACCCUCCCCACUGCCCUCCCUGCCCACUGCCCUCCCUCCCCACUGCCCUCCCUCACCCUGCCCACUGCCCUCCCUGCCCACUGCCCUCCCUCCCCACUGCCCUCCCUCACCCUCCCCACUGCCCUCCCUCCCCACUGCCCUCUCUGCCCACUGCCCUCCCUCACCCUCCUCACUGCCCUCCCUCCCCACUGCCCUCCCUCCCCUCCCCACUGCCCUCCCUCCCCUCCCCGUCCCCCACAUGGAAACGGCUCCUGGGGGCAAUCUCUGCCUCUCCCUGAGAAACCUCCCAGGGAGAGUCCCCCAAACCCAUCUGUGGAUCAGUGGUUGGAAAUGAAAGGUGGAAUCUC